AUGGCAACAUGCUCAAAUGCAGUCUACAACACUAACGCAAAUUCAAUUAUCACUAAUCUCACAGGUUAUCCCUACGGUCUAUCAAUAGAUGCAUCCAAUAACAUCUAUGUGAGUGACUCCACCGUUCGUGUCUUCAAGUUUUCGACGAAUACAACCACAUAUUCGAAUAGCAAUGUCAUAAUACCCGCCACGUCUCAACCGAUCAAUACUGGUGGCUCAACUCUCAGUCAAAUUGGUCUCAUCCUAGGACUUUCCGUUGAUCAAACACGAAACAAUAUCUAUAUGUCUGACACAGGUGCAUACAGUUCAUCAAAUUAUUACUACGCCGGUACCAACAGCAGAAUUCAAAGUUGGUUGCUUGCUUCUGGAGCUGUGGCUGGUACAACUGUUGCUGGCUACGCCUCAGGUAGUGCUAGUGGAUCGUACAAUAGUAUAUCAACAAGUUAUGGUCUGUAUGUCGACUCAUAUGGUACUCUGUUUGUUUCGGACUAUGGUAAACAUCGUGUCACUAUGUGGCUUCGAAAUACAGUUUCUCGAAUUCUUGUAGCUGGCACUGGAGUAGCUGGUUCGAAUCUUACCUAUCUAAAUGGUCCACAAGGCAUCUGGGUCGAUAGAAAUGCAAAUAUAUUUGCGGUGGACUCUGGAAAUCAUCGAGUAGUCAAAUGA